AUGGUAGCCAAAAGGGCAAGGAACAAGACAAAGCACAAAGCAAAUGAUAAAGCAAAGGACAACGCAAAGGCUAAGGCAAAAGUACGUACACCGAACAUGCGACAUUAUCUGUCCAUCUCGGCCUACCUCCAAUGGCACUCGAAAUCUAACAUCCAGAAGUUCUCUGCCCCUGAUCGAUCAGCAUCUUCAUCUUACAAGCCGUCCUCGGAUGGGACACACAAUGGAAACGACGAGGAACAUCUAGACGCCGCCGAAAUUCGGAGAUCGCAGCGAAUUCGAGUCAGGGAGGUUUCAAAGACAGAAGUCCGUCAUGGUACCAAAUCUAAAGCCUUGCCAAUGACAUUAGAUAAUGUCAUGUCUGCGAAGGAACCGCCGCCGGAAGAUACCCUGUCUCCUGUCGAACAGCCACCAACUGAUAUAACCUCUCCUAAGGAACAGCGCACGGACAAUAACGAGUCUGUGGAGGAACCGAUACCAGACGACGUCCAGUCUCAUGGGAAACAGCCAGCGGAUGACAUACAGCCUCCUCGGGAACAACCACUCAAUCAAAAUGAAUCUCUCGGAAAACAACCAACGGACAAUAAAGAGCCCGUGGAGGAACAGCGACCGAAUGAUAUCACGUCUGUUGAGGAACUGCCACCAGAUGAUAUGGAAUCUCUGAGGGAACCGCACCAAAAGCUCAAGGAAAAAAAGUAUCGAAACUCAGAGAAACAAUGUCAAAAGCUGAACAGACGUUAUCGAAAAAUAAGCAAACAACAGCAGAAGAUGAGCAAACAACAUCUGAAGACGAAUAAACAAUAUUUGAGGGAGAAAAGACAACAUCAAAAGCUCAAAACUAGGCAUCGGUUGCUGAAAGAUGAACACCAUCUCAGUACAGAGCAAUCCGCCACCCUGAAGGAACAAUGCCAGGAAAUGAAGGCAAAAUACCAAAAAAUGAAGGAACGUGUAGAUUGGUUGGAGGGUUGGACAGCUGAGGCACUACACAAAUACCAUUAUUUAGCCGCUGACCCUAGCGGCUGGGAAUGCAGAUCGCAUGACUACUACGAGAAAGAGUUUUUCGGUCUAUGGGCCCUCCUAAGGAAUUGGGCAGAACGCCACGCUCAUGAGGAAACUACGGUCUUGGACAGUCUUCCCGCGAACUAUAAGAAAGAUCUUGUCAAGAGCCUGGAUGGCUAUUGUGCUCAAAUUGACCUGGAAGAAAUCCUUGGUGCUCUCGAACUAGGUGAUAUAUUUGGAACGGAGAUCGUGACUAUGUUUCUUGUCAAGGACUGUAUUGAACGGUUCUUUCUAAACCCCUUCUGGUACAUUGUGCCUCAUCCAGGAGAAGGGACCGAGUAUGACGAAGAAGUUCUGCCAAGGGCUACUCGCUUCGGCACCGGACUUCAUGAGCUACUCAAAAAGUUCGACGCUGAUGGCAAAGAAGGGUUUCUAGCUCAAUCAUGGCGCCUAUGGACGGCCCGCCUUUGCAGCACAAACGUCCGUGCUGAUCAAAGCAGCUUCGCCAAGAGCAUGAUCACCCGCCGAAACCUCAUGGUUGAAGUUAUGGUCAAACAAGUUAUGGCUCACGAACUAGUAAAGCCCCUUCUUAAAACUUCACCGGACGAGAAAUCGGUUGCUAUCAUCGAGCGGAGUCUCACUAGAGCAUAUCAGCAUGCCGCAGAGCUCUCUGUGAGGCUCUCAAAGGACGAUCAUUAUGUAGUAUUCCGCAACUUGCAUGAGAUUGGAGAAGUCUUCGAUGAGUCGAACCCAGAUAUGGAGGCAGAUUCUUCGCAAGCUUUCGAUAGUGACCACCUUAAUGGCCACCGGGUUAUGAGCAUGACGUAUCCAGCAGUGUACUUUUGUGGGGGGUUUAUCUCUCCAGACUAUCGACAACGUAUCGUUAAAGCGAAUGUUUUUGUGGAAGAUAAGACAACAGUCACGAUGACUGACUCUACCUGA